UCAAUCACAAGACUUGUUUAUUUAUUAUAAGUUUACAAGAAAAUUUAGAAAAUAAAAAUUCAUAAAAAAUGUGUGAAGCCAAGGAAGAUCUCGAUAAAAUAUGCGAGACAUUAGAUAAACUAACCCUAGACGCCUUAUUCCUCGUGCAAGAGGAAAUAGACCUAAAAUUAAACGUGGAAAAUGCAAUGUCUGGGGGCGAAGCCCACCUAGCGAAAACCAGGUACAUUAUAGGUCAAAACAACGUAUCAGCCUUGCAGUUACCCACAGAAAAUAGCGCUGAAUUUUCCUCCGUCAUAAAAGUAGAGGGUUCCGAAUCAUUACUAGGUGCAAACACUUACACACUCAGAGAAAUCAAAAAAUCCGAAGACGAAACAGUUCAAGAACCUUUAAGAUGGUUCGGGUUUCUGGUACCUCAGAAUCUAAAUUUCGCUCAGAAGAUGUUUCGACAAGCCUUGCAAUGGAGCGUCCAGGCUGUGAAUACUCAGAACCAACUGCAACGUGUUUUACAUAGUAUAUCUAGUUUAAAAGAAGUUAAAUCUAAUUUAACUGCUUAGAAUAAUUGUUACUCUUUCAUUAUGUUUGUAUUACAAUAGAUACUUAAAAUUUUUAACUGUAAAUAAUCUAAAAAUAAAUCUACGAUGGUUAAUUU